AUCUUCUCCAUACCUGGGAGUUCACAGUGAAGGUUAGGCGGGCUCUUGCUCUUGGACUGAGAGCAUCAGUUUUAGAUUUUGUACUUGCUGUACUUUUUUAUCCUCUUUCAGCAAUGACAUCAAAGAGGCAGUUUGGAUGGCGAAAGCUAUUUUUGAUAUUCACAGUACUUCCGUGCUGUUGGAGUUUGCAGGUUUCUAUUCCAGUGAGCGAAUAUGAGGUUGCAAGAGGAGAUGAUAUUAUUUUGACCUGUUCCUUCAUCCCGGCCAGACCAGUCACCAAUGCACUUGUCCUCACAUGGGAUGCUUUCCCUGAGAAUGUUGGUGAUCCAAUGGACUUGGUGGCCACCUACUUCAUAAACAAUCCGAUUGACAUUGCACCUAAUUAUGAAGGCAGAGCCUUUAUGGAGAUGGAUGGACAAGUGAGUAGACUGCGCUUAUCAAAGGUGACCAUGAAGGACAGCCGCCGUUACCAAUGCAGUGUCAUGAUCCCCAAUGAUGAUGAGGGAAAAACAGCUGCAACCACUUCCCUUUUGGUCCUGGUGCCUCCCUCUCCGCCGAUCUGCAGGAUUCAGGGAGAAGCAGCAUACUGGCACAACGUCACCCUCACCUGCAUGUCUAAUGAGGGAUCCCCAAUACCUGUCUAUGAAUGGAGGAGCUACAGUGUCAAAAAUAUUCAAAGACAAUUUCCACCUAAGACAAUUGAAAAGGAUGGAGUUCUAUCUCUCUUCAAUAUUUCAAGAGACACGUCUGGUUUCUACAUUUGCUCAUCAACAAAUCGAAUUGGUUCUGCCAGCUGCAACUUUACUUUAGCUGUGACGCCUGGCAGCAUGAACAUUGGGUCCACUGCAGGAAUAAUUGCCGGAGUCCUCGCAGGUCUCGUGUUGCUGGGGAUUGUCAUCCUCUGUUACUGCAAGAAAAAGGGCAAAAAGGAAAAGUAUGCUGAAGGUUCCCACAGAGAAGUGGAGUUUUAUGACAGAGAUGCUCCUGAAGUUGGAAAGCAGUACUGGGAUGACAAGUCAACCAGCGAGACACAGCAGGUCAACCAGCAGGAAGACAAAGACGUUGUUCCUCAAAACAAUUUCAGCGUAGGAAUGGCUGCACACAAGUUGGAGGAUGAUCAACACAGUUACUAUAGUGGUAAAGAAAGGCAUGAUGGCAAGGGCAGUGAUGUUGACUCUCGACGUUACCAGGACGACCAGCAAGAUCGCCGUCGUGGAAGUCGUGAUCGCCUUGACGAUGAACAUAGCCAUUACAGUGGAAGUCAGGAUAGGCUCGAUGAUCAGCGUAAUCGCUCCAGUGGUAGUCGGGAUCGCCUUGAUGAUCAACGUGGCCAUUACAGAGGCAGCCGCGAUCGCCUCGACGAUCAACGCGAUCGUUACGGUGGCAGCCGCGAUCGCCUCGACGAUCAACGCGAUCGUUACGGUGGCAGCCGCGAUCGCCUCGACGAUCAACGCGAUCGUUACAGAGGCAGCCGCGAUCGCCUCGACGAUCAACGCGAUCGUUACGGUGGCAGCCGCGAUCGCCUCGACGAUCAACGCGAUCGUUACGGUGGCAGCCGCGAUCGCCUCGACGAUCAACGCGAACGUUACGGUGGCAGCCGCGAUGGCCUUGACGACCGCCGUGAGCGUUCUGGUGCAAGCCGUGAUCGCCUCGAUUACAUUGACGAUCAAAACAAAAACAGGUAUUAAUAACCUUGUGUUACUGAAUGUUCUUUUAAUGCCCUAAAAAAAAUUUUUUUAUUGAUGCACUGUUUAAGGAUUGACUUAGUGCCUGGUCACAACCAAGCAAAAAAAACUGUAAAUGACCACGUAAAAGUCAGUGGCCUGGGGAAUAUAAGGCCUUGAUUUAUGUCUGAAAUUUUGAGGUACUUAAUGCUGGUCUGACUGGGUCUUUAAAAAAAGUUCAGAAAAGCACAACUUCCCUGCAAAUAUACUUCAAUCAAACCAAAUCAACCUGGUAACUUCUGACUCUGCCACACCUGUCACAGUGUGCUAACAUUUCAUUUAGCCUGCACUGAAUGAAACAACAUUGUAUGUAGUAGGCUACUGUACAAAAAAUAACAAACACGUUUUGUAAUGAUGUAAUGUUUUGAUGUCCUGAUAUAAUACAUGAGGUGGUGAGAAACACCAUGACACAAAGCAGAGGGGCAUCUGGAACCUCAAUCAAUCUGUUUCAGAGGCAUAUACUGUGGUCAAAGGUCUAUGAAUGGGUGCCCAGGGUCUUUAAUUAAAAUGUAUACCGAUAGUUUCAUCAUAUCAUUGUUAGCAUUAAUAUUGUUUGUUAGUUUUUUUCAUAAAAACCCGUGCUAAAUCACAAUGAAUGUAAAUUGGUCAUUGAACACCCCCCAAUCAUUAAUACAAUUAUUGCUCACACAUUGGGGCCACCUAUCUACUGCAGUAAUUUGGGCAAUGUUGUUAAAGCAUUGUUUCGGGGCAAAACAGAUUAUUCUUAUGUCACUCCACCAUAUACAAUGUACAUUAUCUUUGAUUUGAUCUUUUUAACAUAUUUUGUGAAUAAGUAAUAUAUAAUGAGCUAGAUUUAAAUCCAUUUUAAAACCUAUUUUUAACGUGUGUUUAAAAACUCUGUGUAUAGGUUAUUGCAUUUUUGCUUUGAAUUUGAUUUGACUCCAAAUUAUCUUUGUUUGCACCUUUUCUUGAUGCUUUUGUUUGAAAUGAUUCCCCUUGAAUGUAAGAACCGUAUUUUGUAUGUGAAGCACAUUCAAAUCGAGUUCAAUAAAGAAAGUGGGUCAAAUGUU